UGCAGCAAUUGCUCGACGCGCGCGACACCUCUUUGGAGACGAGAUGGGAAGGGUGGGCUACUUUGCAAUGCGUGCGGCCUCUUUGCCAAGGUGAAGGGCAGGCCAAGGCCUCAUAGUCUCAAGACGGACGUCAUCAAGCCGCGAGCGCGC